AAAAUGGCGGCUGAUAAAGCUGACGAUUUCGACGUCGAAGCUCUCCUUGAGGAAACCUACAACAAAGUCCAGCCUCUUCCUGUACCGGAGGUGGGUUUACGACACAUUGGAGCACUCCUCAUGACAUGAUCACGCACACACACACACUCCCACCCACACACAUUAUUACCAUUAUUAUACACAGUAUAUAGAUCCUACGGUCGUUACAGUCCUGAUCUCUCUUUUAAAAAGUGGUAUGCUCUUUUUUAUUUGGGGGAGACUCAGUAAUUGUAUUUCUCAAUGGUAGUAUUAUUAUUAGCCUUUGUAAAGGGUGAUUUGAUUUCUGUUAUAAUCCUUUCUACUUUCUCUCUCUUUCUCUUUUCUUCUACUCUUGCUUCUUGUUCAAUCCCUUUCUUUUACAUUCCCCCCUCUCUCUCUCUCUCAUCUCUCUCCUUUUUCAUGUAUUCUCUUACUCAAAACGUCACAUUUUCUGGAAUUUUCUAUCCCCAGGACAGCACCAAUGCUCUAUACUCUGAUACCAAUGCCACUGCUACUACUACUAAUAAUAAUAAUGAUAAAUCUCCUGACGAAAGAAGCGAGAAAGAGGCUGGCUCUCCUCCUCCUAGUGAUGAAGAUGACAGGAAGAAACGUAAGAAAAAGAAACGUAGUAGGUCUCGCUCUCGCUCACGAAGCCGCUCCCAUUCUCCUCGAAGACGAAGCUCAAGGCGAAGCAGAAGCCGCUCUAGGGACAGAGACAGACACAAGUAUCGUCGUCAUCGCCACAGAUCAAGGUCUCGGUCCCGCUCUCGUGACAGAAGGCGCCAUCGCUCAAGAGACCGGGAUUACAGAGACAGAGAUUAUAGAGAUAGGGAUCGGGACAAAGGGAGAGACAGAGAUAAGGAGAGAGACAGGGAUAGGAACUCUCCUCCUUCAGUUGCACAACCUAUAGGUAGCUACAAGCGUCAGAGGUCACCUGACCUAGAGCCUCCGAGUGUUGAUAGGGACAAUAGGACCAUCAUGUGUAUGCAGCUGUCGGCCAAAGUAACCAAUAGAGACCUUGAGGACUUCUUCAUGAGAGCCGGAGUUGUUCGUGAUGUACACAUAAUUGCUGACAGACAGUCCAGGCGAUCUAAAGGUAUAGCGUAUGUUGAGUUUCAAGAAGAGAGCAGCGUGUUUACUGCUCUUUCUUUCAGUGGACAAAAGGUUCAUGGGAUACCGAUAAUGAUUCAACCAACUAUGGCCGAGAAAAACAGACUAGCAGCUGCUGCAGAGAAUCUAAAGAAAGCCGAGGGACCUAAGAAGCUCUAUGUUGGUUCCCUGCAUUACAAUAUAACAGAGGACAUGUUGCAAGGAAUAUUUAGCCCAUUUGGUAACGUGGAGAGGGUCAGCAUCAUGAGGGACACUGCUACCAAUGUGUCCAGGGGAUAUGCUUUUGUCGAGUUUCGUGAUUCCGACUCGGCUGAGAGGGCGAUGGCUAACCUCAAUGGAUUUGAAUUGGCAGGUCGUCCAAUGAAAGUGAACUAUGGGACGGUGGACACUAGCCUGGUCAACAUUGAUUCACUGGACGGGGAGGACAUGGACGUCGGUGUGGGGAUGACCCCUCAAUCUCGUGUUGCUCUCAUGCACAAACUAGCAGCUGGUCAUAAUGCAGAUAUGAGUAUACCUGGUGUUCAGGUCCCUCCUCCUCCUUUUGCUGUGCCAACAAUGCCUACUUGUAUCACCUCCUGCUGCUUUGUGAUAGGGAACAUGUUCGAUCCUUCAAAGGAGACUGGUUCUGACUGGGACAAAGAGAUACGCGAGGACGUGCUUGAGGAAUGCGUCAAGUUUGGAAACAUCUUCCAUAUUCAUGUAGACAAGUUCUCCCAGGGCAAAGUCUACAUAAAGUCCCAGACCCCACAGACUGCCAGUGCCGCUGUUGGCUCCUUUAAUGGUAGACGCUAUGCAGGUAACGUCAUUCAUGCCGAGUUGGUUCCAGAGAAUACGUAUCAUUUGAAGUUCCCGGGAGCUCUUGCAGCGACUGUACCUUUGAAGCCUUCGCUCUGAGGAAUAUGGACAGAAAAUAUGCUACUGCUUUGUUGUUGUUUUUGUUGUUAAGAUACACAUUGUUUGUAUUAUCAUUAUUAUUAUUAUUAAAUGACAAACAUGUCCUGAUUUUCCUUCUAUUGGGAAACCAAAUCUUC